AAGUGUCGGAACUCAGGACAUCCCUCUGGGAGUCCGGAGUUUCCUGGGACCCUUGCCAGGGGGCUCGGAGACCCUGGCACACAGCCCAGAACACCAGUGGGUUCGAUUAUGAACCACGGAAUAACUUGUCACCUUUAUAGAAAUAGAUAAAAGCCACAAUAGUGUAAAGAGUGUAAGAAUAAAAUAAUUACAGAGUCUAAAUGUAGGUUUUAGGAUUUUUGGUAUAGGGGUUUCUGGUGACAAGAUGGAGGGAUUUGGGCGUGUCUAGCCUUUCUUCUUCUUCUCUACCUCCAUCUUGUCUGGUGAUGUUGGCACUUUUAGAUUGGUCUAAAGUAGAAACUCACUGUCUAAUAUAGAUGAUAGGUAUUGGAAAAUAACUGUAAAUAUUGUACACGUAGUUUGUAGUAUAUAAAGAUAACACCGCCCUGGAGGAGGGGGGAGUGCCUCUGGCUGUCCUGCCAAACGGAUCUCGGCUGGACAGGGAGAAAGAACUUUAUAGAUAAGAUGCAAUAAACAAUCUUGAGACCGAAAAAAUGAAGAGCCCUGACUCCUUCUUCAAGUACCGGGCUGGGAAAAGAAACUUUCGAACUUUAGUCGGGGUCACUCUGACCGGCUAGAAACACAGCCCCCGGCAACUGGCGUCCCUGGGUGGGCUCGAAGAGAGAUUACGACAACUGGCGUUCCCUGUGCAGGCUCGAAGAAAGAUACGGUAACUGGCGUUCCCUGGCUUGGCUGCAAGAAAGACCCGGCAUUUGGCAUUCCCAGGUGGGCUGCAAGAGCUGGGCGGCAAGAGAACAACCCGGAUGGGCGGAAAGAGAGACGGCUGCAAGAGAUGGGCUGCAAAAGAGAGAGCACGACACGUUGGGCAGCAAGAAAGCACCCAGGUGGGCAGUUGGCAGGCAGCCACGCCACCAGACAUCAGCCGCUGAAACACAGCCCGUGAAGAGAACAAAAAAGGACAAGGAAAAGAAGCAGGCACUCCCAAAAAGAAAAAAAAAAAGAAAAAAAAAAGGGAAAAAGAAAAAAAAAAAAAAGAAAAAGAAAAAGAAAAAAAAAAUCCACACAGAAGAUCCAAGAUUCAACUUCUGCUAAACAGACUCGCAUCCAGAUCUGGCGGGGGGGCCAGUGACCAGGGCGACCUCCGGACGGACCUUGCAAAUGAUUCAGCUUUUGGUAAGAAGGUUGAGAUUUGAGAACAUGGAGGGGACAUGCUCUCAGGAACAGUUAAGGAUUUUGUCAGCCUUACAAGGUCUGGCAGCCACACACCUUGUGAAAAUCUCUGAAAAAAGGUAAAACGGCCUUGAAGCUUUUAUCCCCAGCAAGGAUCAUGUUAGAGGCAAUUACGGCAAGAUCCCGGAGUAGAGCUAAAAGGUCAUUAAUUGUGAAUCCCACAGGGGCGGGGGGAGGAGAGCAAAGCUCAAAGCAGAGAUUGUCUCUGGUCCCAACCAGCCCUGGGGAAGUAGCUCCCGAUGAGAGGGAGCGGGGAAUAGCUCCCGAUGAGAGGGAGCGGGGAAGUAGCUCCCGAUGAGAGGGAGCGGGAAAUAGCUCCCGAUGAGAGGGAGCGGGAAAUAGCUCCCGAUGAGAGGGAGCGGGAAAUAGCUCCCGAUGAGAGGGAGCGGGAAAUAGCUCCCGAUGAGAGGGAGUGGGAAGCAGCUUUACCGCCUCCAAUUCCUCUACCCCGAAAGCCCAGCUCGCGGCGAGCGUGGCUGCGCGGCGGCGGCGGCGAGCGGCGGGGGGAGCGCGGAGGCAGUGGGGGACGCGAGUUUCGGCGCGGGGGCUGUGAGCAUGACACCGACAGCGGCGGCCUCAGCUGGCGCGGUGCCAGGGACGCGCGCGCAGGGCGAGACCCGCGGGACGUCCGGGAAGGGCUCUCAAAUCAUAGCGUCCACGUCAGACGCGGGCGGUGGGCUUGGAGCAGCUGCAGGGCUCCAGGCGGUGCCCGUAGGCAGACGCAGGAGACGCGUGGUGAUGAUGCAGGACCCGGAAGUCGGGGCGCGAAGGGUUUUUUCCCCAGUUCGCGGACGCGGGACGGGCACCGGCCGAGCAGGGACCGCGCGCCGGCUGCGGGUGUUGGCACGGGGCCAGAAUGGGAUCUGAGCUGUACUGGUGUCGAUCAGAGAGAGAAGGACAUUUCCGAGACCGCGCCUGCGCCGAGACGAGCGCAGGGGAGGCGCGGUCGGGGCGGGGUUGUCCACACUCCCGUGACGGCACAGGCAGAGACGGGGCGUGAUCAGGGUACAGAGGCUGCCCCAGGUAGCACCCCUCUCCGAUCCCAGGGCAACGGGCACCCAGCCAACCGCAGCAGCCAGCACACAGUUUCAGCCUCCAUCAAAAUCUCAAGUUGGAGAUUUUUCGCGGGUGCAGCACAUGUUGAGUGAGGCACACCGAGCUCUUCAACAGGCUAGUCCCACAGAAGUGACAGAAACAGCAUUUAUCAGAUGAUCAAGUCUCAGAUGCAAAAGAUGGGCGUGGAAAGAAAAAAAAAAGUUGUCCAAAAAUCAGAGAAAAGUGAGAAAGCACCAGGCUUUUGCCCAAGAUACAGAAAAAAGAAGGGAAAAUCAAUGCAAAUCAAUGUUAUCCCAAAUAUGAUGUAGAUGGAAAUCUAUUUUGAAAAAUGCCUCUCAGGGAGAGAGACGGCACCAUAUAAAGAUAGAAGUAUUAGUAAGGAUUCAAUUACUCAAAGUGUCUCUGAAGACAGAGCAUUUGAGAAACAUCAAUCAGAUCCUAUCUGUGGGGUCAUCAGCUGAUUCUCCAAUGGUUCAGAGUUUUAGGGAUUGUUGUCAGUGAGUUUGUAACCUUAUUUUUAGAUUUUAUAGGUAAUACUGAUAAAUAAGGAUUGCUGUUAAUGUUAUAUGAAUACUUUAAAAAGGUUGUCUUAACUCCUUCAAAUACUUCCUGUUGAUAAGUUGAUUAUAUAAUGAGAAUUCUCAGAAUUUGUGAUAAGAAUUAUUAUCAGGGUAUUGUAGUGUUUAUAGCCAGCCAGUGUUCCACUAUCUCUUUUGUGAGAAGCCACGUCUCUUCAGAAUCUUGUCUUUAUUUCCUAACUACUCAUAUGUUUUUGGAUUUCUUUUAAAUCCAAAUUGUCGCUUUUGUGGUUUUCUUCAUUUAUUGUUUCUUCAGUUAUUACAGAGGUACUUCAGCCAAGAAUUCAAGAAGUCUACUAUGUUUGAAGAAUUUCUAUCCCAACAGAAGUUUCAGAAGGAUCCAAUUAUUUAAUGGUUUGAUAGAUCUUUAAUCCUAAGGUUUCCUAUUCAUAAUUGCUGUUUUUAAGAGUCUCAUUUUAAGAAUGUGCUAAGUGAUAUCCAUCAAUUAGAGUUCGGGCUCUGGCCAAGUCCUAGCUCUACUUGAAUGGAGUGAUUGACAAUCAGCCCAGAUGUUUUCUGCAUCAAAAAGUAUUCAAGUCCUUUUGGCUUGGCAAUUUGACCGUCUAUGAUAGCUGAGCCUGUUUUCAGAAGGAGUUUGGAGAAACAUGAAUCCGGACAUGGAUUCUCCACUUCUCUGUUGUUGUAAGGUUCAUCAGCUGUCGCAGACUCUGGGAUGACAGUUCAGUGUUGUAAUGUUUGACAAUUGUAUGAUUUCAGAUGUGUUAUUGGUUAUGUGUAUUAUCUAAUUGAUUUCUAAUUGCUGUCAUUUUACAUUUCCCUAUGCAGUUGCAUAGAGACUGAAACAGAGUUGAUCAAUGUUUUAUUUUCAUAUCAGGACCCAUUCUUCACCUCCGAGAUUUUGAGAAAAUCCUCCAGUCUCUUCAGGGGCGUGGAUUUGUUUGUGUUUUAGCAGGUACAAAAGUCCAGGUGAAUCUCAGUGAAGAAUGUGAAACUCCAUCCAGUGCAAGACAAUGCUGACAAGAAGCGUGGGCAAGAAAACGCUGACCAUUCCAUAAGCAGAAAAGAA